AUGAGGAGAGCAGCGAAGUGGGGCCAUACAGGAUACAGAGACAUAUAUAUUGAGGGAGCUACCUACGUUGGCGAACUAUAUACUAUAUUGUCUACUAUAUACCUCGCCGCCCUUGAGAAGGCCUAUACUACCAAGGCGGCUAAGAAUAAGCCUACCCCGCUCUUAGCCACCCCCUCUAAGUCUAGCGCUAGCGCUAAUAAGAAGACCCCCGCUACGCCUAAGACCCCCGCUAUACCAAAGACCCUCUCCAAGCGUAUAAUACCCCCCUCCUCCUCCUCCUCUUCGGAGGAAGAGGAGGAGGAGGGCGCCCUUAGAGAGGUGCCCUACCUCGGCUACCUUAAGUCUACUAUAUAUAAGGGUAAGGACGUUGACGCUAACGAUAACGAUGACGAUAAUAACGAGAAGUACACGCCUACGCCUACCAAGGGCAAGGGUAAAGGCAAGGCGAAGGUGGCUACGCCUAUCAAGAAGGCUAAGAAGGCUAAGAAGGAGGAGAGCAAGGAGGAGGACAAAGAUGAGGAUAAGGAUAAGGAGGAGGCUACUCCGGGCUUUGACCUAGAUACGCUAAAGAAGAAGGGUAGUAUAGGCACCCCCUAG